AUGAUGAUUAAAAAAACGUCUAUUGAUAGAAAAGCUAUUUAUGAUCUAUUCCAAAACAUAGACGCAACAUUUACACAAGCAUUAUUAUCAACUUCAUUUCCAUUCAUGCAUGGCAUACCUGACUAAUAAUAAAUUGAUAACAUCUUGAACAGAGUGGAUGCUGAUUAAGUAUCAAAUAAAGGUAUAUGGACAGAUACUUAGGAUUAAUAUUUAAAAAUAAUAGUCCUUGGAACUUGUUUGAAGACAAAAACACGACCAUUAGAUUUGUCAACAUUACAAUGGGAUUAAAUCUCUCGAAUAUUCAAAUUUCAUAAUUGGAAGGCUUGCAGAAAUAGGUGGUUAAAUGAAAAACAUAAAAAAGUUAACUGGACUCCUUAGGAGGAUUAAGCGCUUAUGCAAUUACAAUCAUUACAUCCAAAUAAAUGGUGCGAAAUAGCAAUAGAAUUAAUGAAAAUCUGUUAAACUCCUUAUGUGCGAUUAGGAAAAUAAUGCAGAGAUAGAUGGGUCAAUAAACUAGACCCUAAAAUACUUAAUAUACCAUGGUAUAAGGAAGAAGAACUUAGGUUAUUUUAAGAAGUUAAGAAGAGGGGUAAACGAUGGGCAGACAUAUCAGCUUAAGUAUUUAAGUUUAGGAGAACAGAAAACACAAUCAAAAAUAGAUUUUACAAUUUAUUAAAAUAAGAAGAGAAUAGAUAGAGAUUAGGCAGAGUACCAAAGGAUGAAAGGGAUAUCUUAUUAAUUGAUUCAGUUAUCGAAACAUUAAAAAGAGAUUUGAAUAAAUGUGAUAAGUCGACUAGCCAAAAUGAACUUAAUAUUGAUAACAAGAAUUUUGAGGUUUUGGAAUUCGAUUCAUAAGAACUGAAAGAAUUAGUCAUAAUAAAACAAAAGAAAAUUUAAAAAUUAAAUAACCCAUGA